AGCCGGCUGAGUAGCUGCUGCAGUGCCCUCAGGUGACUCCCGUGCCUUAAACCCCACUGUCUUGAAAAUCAAGCAGUUAAUUGCCUAGCAGGGAUUAAGGUAGUUGUGAGAGUUGUUUGUCUGGUUGAGAGGUUUUAGCUCCGAGCUGGAAUUUUUGACUCAGAAGUAAAAACUCUGGAUUCUUUGUCUCUUUUUAUCAAGUUUCUGGAUAAAUGGCUGGACUGAAGAGUUUUGCAGGUUUUGACAGAGCUCAACAGAGUAAUUAUUACUGGUACUGCCAAAGAGUGAACCCUAAGUUCCAGUUCUACCAGAGGGACCCCUUUGGCAGCGGGUAUGAGCAGCAGCACAGCUGUCGUCUUCCUGGCUGUGGCCGUGGUCCCUCAGUGGAUGGAAAUGAGCACACUUGGUCUGCGCAUGGGCCCUCUGGACUCCCAGCUGGAACUCCCAUUGCACCCGAGGAAACCACAGCUUUGGCGGGAAACCAAGAUGAAAACCUACUAGAAGAUCCCAAUCUUCAUUUGAAUAUUGAGGAACUGAACAAAGAAUUUAUGCUGAAAAGUGAAGAACUUUAUGAUUCUCUCAUGAAUUGCCACUGGCCCUCUGGAUACAGUUUACUCUAAAAUCCCAGAUGAGACCCUACAGAAACCAGAUGUUCAUUAAGCUACCCAAUUAUUAUAUUAACUAUAUCCUGUUCUGUUUUUGUUUUUCAAAAAAUAAAAUUCUCCCAGAAAUAUACUGGGUUCUGUAUGUAAAUACAAAUUCCAAGGACUCAAAUAUGAUUGAAAUGAUAAAACAUAAUGUAAAUAAACUUUACCACCAUGUCCAA